CUCGUGUCCGGCUAGACUCAAGGCUUCAAAGAUCCAUCACCUAUCCAAUCCGGUCAUUUCUAGAGCGCAAAAAUGUUGGUUCUCUUUGAGACCGCGAUGGGCUACUGCCUCUUCAAGCUCACCGAUGCUGCAAAACUUGAAUCGGAGGACUUGUGGAAGGAGUUCGAGACCCCAGAAAAAGCCAACAAGCUCUUGAAAUUGAAAGCUUUGCAUCGCUUCACCUCGACAGCUACUGCGGUGGAGGAUCUAACGGCAGUUCAGAGUGGCAAACUUGGCAAGGGCCUCAAGAAGUUCUUGACUACUGAAGUUGUUGAAAAGGGGAAGAACAAGGACUCUCUUGUUGUUCUUGAUCCUCAUCUAGCGCAUUCCAUCACCAAAAAAUUGAGUAUCAAGGUCACUACUCACAACCCGGAGGAGCAUAGUGAUCUAUGGCGGGGAAUACGGUCGCAAUUGGCUUCUCUUCUAGAUGGUCUCGAUCCAAAGGACCUUGCCACGAUGAGCUUAGGUCUCAGUCAUUCACUUUCCCGUUUCAAGCUGAAAUUUUCCCCUGACAAGGUCGACACCAUGAUUGUUCAGGCCAUCGCCCUACUCGACGAUCUAGACAAAGAGAUUAACAUCUACUCCAUGCGAGUGAAGGAAUGGUACGGCUGGCAUUUCCCUGAAAUGGCCAAAAUCAUUGUCGACAACUUGGCUUAUGCCAAGGUUGUCAAGGCUAUGGGUUUCCGGACCAAUGCUUCCACCACCGCUUUCGAGACGAUAUUACCGGAAGACCUUGAGGCUAUCCUGAAGGCGGCUGCUGAGAUAUCAAUGGGCACUGAAAUUUCUGACUCAGAUAUUCAGCACAUUCAUGCGCUUUGCGACCAGGUCAUCUCUAUCUCCGCCUACCGUGCGCAGCUUGCAGAGUACCUCCGGAAUCGGAUGCAAGCAAUUGCUCCCAACCUUACUGCGCUUGUUGGAGAUCUCGUUGGCGCACGGCUCAUCUCCCACGCUGGAAGCUUACUGAACCUUGCAAAACACCCCGCAAGUACCGUUCAGAUCCUCGGCGCUGAAAAAGCGCUCUUCCGUGCCCUCAAAACCAAACACGACACGCCGAAAUACGGUCUUAUUUAUCAUGCAUCACUCAUUGGCCAGGCACCACCAAAGUUGAAGGGCAAGAUGGCGCGUAUGGUCGCAACUAAGGCUACCCUCUCAAUACGCGUUGACGCGCUGACGGACGCGGAUGGCAAGUCUGAGGACCAGGCUCCGUCAAUAGGGAUGGACAACCGUGCAAAGCUUGAGUCGAGGCUCCGCGCGCUUGAAAUGCAAGGCGACCUUACUGGUGCACGGAAAUUCUCCGAUAACAGCCGGCAGCAGCGCAAGUUUGAGAUGACCGGGCAAACGAAGACAUACAACACCGAUGCUGACGCCGUCGACCUCGUCCCGUCACAACGAGAGCCUAUGGAGGCUGCCAUCAGCGCAGUACUUGAUGUCAAGGAGGAGAAGAGGAGAGCAAAGGAGGAAAAGAAGGCGAAGAAGAAGGCUGAGAAAGCGAAGGCACAUGAGUCUGAUGAUGACGAUGACGAUGAGGACAGAAUGGACGUUGAUGGCGAUGAAAGUCACAAGGAGAAGAAGCGGAAGCGGAGGGAAAGUGACAUGAAUGGGAAGGGUGAUACCGAGGAGAAGGGCGAAGAUGGCGAGACUGAAGCUGAGCGCAAGGCAAGAAGAAAGGCCCGAAAAGCAGAGAAGGCUGCUGCCGCUGUCGCCGGGGACAACUCGCCAAAGAAAAAGAAGAAAAAGGCCGAGUCUUCUUGAUUGCCAGACAUUCUAUACCAUAGUCGCUUUUAAGAUGCCUAAGCCUUUGCCAUCGAGCUUGUAAUCGCAUUUUUCCGUUAUUUAAGCGAACCCAGUUUUUGCAAUGCGUCAUUUCCCAGCAAGAAUUCUACUUACAACGACUGAAUUGUUUGGCGGGGGACACAGGGGCUAAUAGACAGGGUCGUACGAUGUU